AUGUCGUGGGCAGCCGUUGCACAAAAGGCGAAAGAUGUUACACCAUCAUCCACUGAGCCUAAGCGAGUUGUUUUUGCAGUCACGGAAUCGAGUGAAGAUCAGGAAAAAACAAGUAGUAAGAGUUUAUACACUACACUAGGGACUGCUAUUCCCACAUAUGAAAAGGGACUUCUUAUCCUUGAUGCGAAUGCCUUUAUUAAGGGAACGUUAAAUAGCUUCAAUGAAGUGACGGAUGUCUUUGUGACCACUUCGCAGGUUAUUGCUGAAGUGCGUGAUCGUCCCGCACGUGAACUACUAUCACAGUUACAACAAAAACAACGUCCACAAACACUACAUGUGUUGGAACCAUCUAAAGAGUCAUUGGCUGCUGUGGUGGCGAUUGCAGGCAAAACAGGAGAUUUGGGUGCGAUGAGUCGAACAGAUAUUCGCAUCUGUGCAUUAGCACUGGACUGUUGUACGGCUGCUAACGCCCUGUUGGCGCCUAUUGAACCACGACCAGCGGUGAUUAAUCCUGGUGGAACGCAUGGCACAGACAUUGUUACAGAGGCUGUUUCUGAUGGUGAAGAAGAAGAAGAAGAGGAAGGAGAAAAGAAGAAAGAUGAUGAUAAUAACGAUGAGGAUGAUGAUGAUGAUGAGGGAGGAUGGAUUACACCGGAGAAUAUUCACACAUGUGCGGCAGAUGGAACCACUAUGAGUGGUGAACGGUUUACGGGUGGUGUUGCCUGUGUGACAUCUGACUAUGCGAUGCAAAACACAUUAUUACAUCUCGGUGUUCCCAUUGUUGGACCGCAGGGAAUGCGUAUAUGUGAAUUACGUCAUUGGCUUCUCCGCUGCACUUCCUGCUUUGCCAUUACAACAGAUACGACUCGUCAGUUUUGUUCUCAGUGUGGUAGUGGAAAUACACUACGACGAGUUCAGUAUGUUGUGACUCGUGAUGGUGAAAGACAGUUGUUUAUUAACUUUAAAAAGACCAUCAGCACACGUGGUACUGUUUACAAUCUCCCAAAACCUCGAGGUGGAAGACGUGGUACCAACAGAUCUCUUGUUCUUCGUGAAGAUCAACUGGCACAUGUUGUUCGUGGUACAACAUCGGCUAAAUUAAAAGAAAAACAUGUUAUGCAUGGUAUUGGUGGUAAUGAUGAUGAUGAUUUGGCGGCUUUUGGUGAAGCACCCAAACACCAUAAACGUGAUCCGAACCAACCACGCAUGUUCUCCUCCUACCACAGGUACAACGUGAAUGAGAAAAAGAAGGCUCGUGCAUCCAGAAAGAAGUAG